GACAGAUAGCAAUGAAGUUAAACCUAUAACAGAUUUUACAGAUGACAUUUCGAUUUCGAAUGGAGCUGUCUUUGCAAACGAAGAUAACAUGUUCUUUUCGAAUAUUACUUGCACUAACUUCGUUAAUAAUGUCACUUUAAAUAGUGAAGAUGGAGAGAAAGGCAACCAAGAAUACGGAAUGCUAAUUCCAGGCGAAUAUGAUAAUAAGAUAUCAACUUAUUCUAUCGAUUAUAAUAGAACUAUUGAUAAAGCGUUAUUUGGUAAUUAUAGUACUCAAGGGGAUUUAUUUCUUAAUACGGAAGAUUAUGUGACAUCUGCGCCGUUACUUCCGGAUACCGAUGAAUGGCCAUUGAAGAAAGCGCAAUCUAACGUAGAAAACUCGCAUGCUCUAUUAAUGGCCAUUAAACCACUGUCCUCGGAAAUGGAAAAAUUGCUAAACGCAGUCAAGUUAGUUAAUCGGAGUCUCAGCGAUGUGCAAAACAGACUGUGCGAUAAAAAAAACGUCAGAUCGACGAGGAGUAAAGAUAGAAUUGGGGAAGAGUUUCUCAAAUCAGGCAACGUUGAGAGACGUAAAUUGCCUCAUUCGAGAUUUAAUAGAAAUCUGAAGUCUUUGGCGAAAAAUUAUAAGACGCGAGUAAAACCAAUGCGACAGUAUAUCGAAUCCGGAUUGAAAAAAAUGAAACGUACAACGCCUUUUUUAAGAUCGUCGCGUCUGAUUAAAAAUAACGUAUUAAGCAAAAAUAAUUUUGUAGGUGGUCGUGGUGCACAAAAUUAUCAGAUAACCAGAUCAAUAAUUUCGCCGAACAAAGCGCCCACUUUAGAUAUAGACACGAAAAAAGAUAGUUCAGCACAUUUCUUCUCGAACGACAAACGAGAUCUAACGCGACGCAAUAUGAAGAGAGCAAUGUCGAGCACAAUAUCUAAUUCUGAUAAAGAGAAAGAAAUUUCUCCCACUGAUUCGCAAUUUUACAAGGAAGCAACGGCUUAUCACGAUAUACUUAAAUUGUUGGACAAGACUGAGAAACCUCACAUAGAAUACACAACCGCUGUGUGGGCCACUCAAAAUCUAACAGAGUCGUUGCCAUCGCUGAUCUUUAGAACCACAGAAUUUUCUGCGUUAACGUUCUUGCCGUACUUUACCGAAGCACCAACACUUACAGCUUCAAGUAUAAUCGCAGAAAAAAAAGAAAUUUCCGAAGUGACCGAAUCAUCUUUGUAUGAGUAUGUAACAGUUACUGAUUUUGCGUACAGCGAGGCCUACAAACGAAAUUAUACGGGGCUGUAUAAUGAUUACGAGAAAGAUUUAACUUCUAAAAUUUCGGAAAUUAUAUCGUUGACGCAAUCGCCGGUAACGUUGAACGCUUUUACAAUCACAAUGCCAACUACGUUACCAUUAUUUUACACGACAGAAUUAACAAUUCUUCCGAUUGACGAAGCAGUUUUAACCACUGAGAUUUCCACUACAAUUUCAAUGGUAGAAAAUUUUACAACCGAAUCUGUCAUGUUGUUAACUCCAUUUUUAGAAGGU